AUGGCCGACGGUGGAGUGGCGGUUGUACGGCGGACGGUGGAUGGCCGACGGACGGUGAUGCCUGCGGACGAGGGAUGUGGACGGUGGAACUGGAUCUGGAUGGAUGGAAACCGGAGAUACUCCCCUCUUCGACAACCGACUGCACAACAAGUAUUGAUCAAGACGAUAUCUGAAGGCCCCGUUAUCGUGUUCAUGACAGGAGCACACACAAAUAUGGCCAUUUUUCUUAUGACUAAUCCGGAUUUAAAGAAAAAUAUCAAUCAUAUAUACAUCAUGGGUGGUGGUGUGAGGUCCAAGAACCCAACCGGCUGUUGUCCCAAAAAUGCGAGCUCAACUUGCCAGCCUCAGCAGUGUGGUGACCAUGGUAACAUGUUUACAGCCUUUAGAAGUAAUCCGUAUGCCGAAUUUAACUUAUUCGGUGACCCCUUUGCUGCAUACCAGGUUUUUCAUUCGGGGAUUCCAAUCACCCUCGUUCCAUUAGACGCAACAAAUACAAUUCCCAUUACGCGCGAGUUCUUUGAAGCAUUUGAGAAAAACCAACGUACAUAUGAGGCACAAUAUGUUUUCAAGUCAUUGAAGAUAGACCGUGAUACUUGGUUUGAUGAUCAAUUCUAUACGAGUUAUUUCAUGUGGGAUUCGUUUAUGGUGGGUGUUGCAGCAUCAGCUAUGCGUAACAUACGUGACGAGGAAAAUGAGUUUGCCGAAAUGGAGUACAUGAACAUUACUGUGAUUACGUCGAAUGAACCUUAUGGGAAACCUGAUAGCUCAAACGCAUUCUUUGGUGAUCGUAAGAUCCCAAAAUUCAACUUGAAGAAAAAUGGAGUUCAUAGUGGUCAUGUUCAAAUAGGUAUUCAAGAUCCAUUUUGCUUUCGUGGGAAUGCUACAGGGAUAUGUAAGGACGGUUAUACUGAAGAAGCCACUGGACCGGAUUCAGUGCGUGUACGCGUAGCAACAAGAGCAAAGCCAAAUGUCGAUGAAUCAAGCACAUUGGAUAGAGAAUACUAUGUUAACUUUCUUGAUGUAUGUUGA